UAUAAAAAGUGUACGAGGCAAAAGCAAAUCAUUCUCAGUGGUUGGUCAACCAACAAACAUGAAAUUCCUUUUGGUAGCUGCAUUGGCCGGCCUUUGCGCCGUUUCGGCCGUCUCUGUUGGAAAUGACUAUCAUCAUGAAUACAACCAACAAAGGCAAAAGGAAAUUUACCGCUUAUUCAAGUACAUCAACCAACCAAGCUACUACCCUGACCAUGUGGAAAUUUCCAACAGUUACAAAUUCUGGGAACACAAGUCUGACUACACUAAACCCGAAGUGGUAGAUGAAUUCUACAACUACUUCUACUACGGCAAGUACUUGCACAGAGGCGAGAUCUUCUCAGUGUUCCACAAAGAGCACUUGUACCAAGCCAUCGCUCUCUUCAAGCUUUUCUACUAUGCCAACACUUAUGAAACUUUCUACCACACCGCUGUUUGGGCUAGGAACCACGUCAACGAAGGCAUGUACCUUUAUGCCGUCUCUGUUGCUCUGGUCCACCGUCCUGACACCUACUAUUAUGCCCUUCCACCAAUCUACGAAGUCUACCCGUACUAUUUCUACAGUACUGAAGUCAUCCAAGAAGCUCAGUACUACAAGCAAUUGUACCGUGGGGCUGAUGGAGCUAAAUACAACGACCAAACCAUCUACGCAAACUACUCUGGGUACUACCUUAAUUUGCACCCUGAACAAGCCUUGUCGUACUUCACUGAAGAUGUCGGUGUUAACUCUUUCUACUAUUACUACAACUUGUACUAUCCCUUCUGGAUGAGUGGUGAAGAAUUCAACUUGAAAUACGACAAUCGUGGUGAAGUGUUCUACUACAUGUACCAACAAAUCUUGGCCAGGUACUACUUGGAACGUCUCUCAAACGGUUUUGGUGAAAUUGAUCACUUCAACUGGGAAGUUCCUUUCGAAACUGGGUACUACCCCAACUUGUGCUACCCCAACGGUCUCCAAUUCCCCUCAAGGCCCAACUACGCCCACUUGUACGAAUAUUUCUACAACUACGGACAAAAAUACGGCUACAACAAAUACGCUUAUAGCUACACCUUUGUCAAGGAUUAUGAAAGAAGGAUUCGCGAUGUUAUCGACAGUGGAUACGUCUACACCAAAUCUGGCGACAAAGUCGAUUUGUUCUCUCAUGAAGGUUUGAACAUUUUGGGUAACUUGGUUGAAGGCAACCCCGACUCCCCCUACUACCACUACUAUGGUGCUUACCAUGUGUUCGCCCGCCACUUGUUGGGUUACUCUUUCCAACCUUUGACCUACCGCAAAGUCUACCCUUCAGCUCUUGAACAUUUCGAAACUUCGAUGCGCGAUCCUGCUUUCUACCAGUUGUACAAGAAACUCAUCACUUACUUCUUCAGAUACAAGGCUCAACACUACAAGUACUACACUGAGCACGAUUUAGCCUUCGAAGGUGUGGAAGUCAAGAAUGUCGAAUUUGACCGUCUUGUCACCUACUUCGACUACUACUUCGCCGAUAUCAGCAGUGCUGUCUAUGUCACUCCUGAGGAAUUCGUCCAAGACAGUUUCAAGGUCCAAGUGGCCCAACACCGUCUCAACUACAAACCCUUCACCUACAAGAUCUACGUCGACUCUAGUGUUGACACUGACGCCGUUGUCAAAGUCUUCUUUGGGCCUAAAUACGAUGAGUACGGCCGUUACAUCAACUUGACCGAAAACUGGAUGAACUUUGUCCAAUUCGACCACUUUGUCUACAAGCUCAAAUCUGGGCAAAAUGUCAUCACCAGGAACUCCCGCGAGAUCUUCAACUACAUGCACGACAGGACUUCCUACUACCAACUCUACCAAAAGGCUAUGGGUGUCAGCGAUGAUGAACACCGUGGAUCCUACCACCACACCCAAUUCUGGUUCGGUUUCCCACAAAGGUUCUACCUACCAAAAGGAACUUACGGAGGUUUCCCUUACCAAUUCUACGUCUUCGUCACCAAACACGUGCCUUACAAGAACCAGAAAUCCGAAGUACCAGUUGUUGGUUCUGGAUACCAAUACGUUGAUGGAUACCCAAUGGGUUAUCCCUUCGACCGUCCCGUCUACUACGGACAAGUCUUCUACGAAAUCCCCAAUGGUUACUUCUACGAAACCAAAGUCUACCACAGGGAUGCUGACGCAGUUAAUUACUCCCAACAAGAGUACUACAACAAACAAAACUAUUACCAACAUCAUCAGCAUCAGUACAAACCACAACACUACAACUCGCAGUACAACUAUGCUAAACAGUACUACCCUCAAGGACAGUACUACAAGGGACAAAACUACGACAGCCAAUACUAUCAUUAUUAAUUUAUUCAUAAGUUUGAUGUUGUUAUGGCAAAGGCAAUGCAUUAUGGUUCAUUCUGAUAUGAAAUAAACUUCAUGUUAAUGAUA